AUGACCUACCCCUCCCGCCAUCUGAGACCGGAGUCUGGUGUGCACUGCAUCGUCUCUGGUGGACAGCACGUUGUCGUUUCUUGGAUCCAGUCGCAUCGCGUUGUACCAGUCCGAACGCGUGUACUUGGUGCGCACGCCGAGCAUAUGCCUCAUGAGAUACUGGUGAAGGAUGAGCAUGGCAGCAUACAAGAACGGACCCCACGUCAAGAGGGUCGUGAAGGCGGCAACAUUCCCCAUGGCGGAGGUCGGCGUAAAAACCUUCGUAUUGGUCUCGCCGAAACAAUGGGCUGUAAUCCAUCGAGACCUCUCAAUAGCUUACAAACAGACGUAGACCAGACCCUGUCCACGCACUAUCCACUGACCGUAACUCGUCCACCCCGAUACUCAUACAAUGAGCAUAACGAAGCGUGUCGCCUGCUACGGCCUUGGACUGUGCGAGGCGCAAAAUCCCGCAGCUUCAUGUUCGUUGUUCAUGUCAUCAACAACAGCUUGCUAGAUAGGUCGCAAACACUUGCCCAGAUCAGGCUGCUGGGCCACUUGCAACAGCUCGCAUACAUCCAUAAGCUCCAGGUUUUGGUCAAGUGCCUGGAUUACUUAUCUGAUACCGAUGACGACCCAUAUGCGGCGGAUGAGAAACAGCUCUAUCAGGGCAUGCUAGCAGCCCGAUCCAAGGCAGAAAUGAUCCGUCUGUGGGACGACAGACCGCCGACGGCUAGUUCUCCGAGCCCCGAAGAGGCUACAACUGCCGAGCAUCGCAUCAGCGCCGUCAUCGACCAUGUUCGACAUAGUCGGGAUGUAGGCGACGUAGAUGUCAAACACCAAGUAGAACCAGAGAUCGUUGCGGCGCUCUCUCGUUUCGCCAAGAGCUGGACCCUGGACGACUUCAUGGAUACGCACGAGAAGAUCAUGGGCGAGCCGCCAACGUUGCAUGCGGCUGGCAUAUCGAAGCUCCAGGCCCAGUUCAUACUCCAAGCCCAAGUAGCCCGUGCGAGCCUGACAAGUGACAACGGAGCGACGCCGACCGUCUCCGUCAGCUUCUUACCAGACGACGUCCCUAACGUAACGCUCAUCAACAUCAAGAAGCAGUGGAAGACACUAUUCGUGCCGCUGGCGAAACGCGUCAAAGAGUCGGAAAAGUCCCUGCGUCAAGAUCUCUACACGAUGCAGCUAGUCUCUCUUGGGUCUGCGCAUAGCAACGGCGGACAGCAGUGGAAAGAACUGGACGAGCUGGGGCAGGCCGGCAUGGACAUCAUCGACCACCUCCACCUGGACGCGGGCCAGAUACUGCUGCGAGGCCCGGGCCCGCUCCUCGGCCAGAAACUGCUGCUGGGUUCUGUGGGUCCCGUCGCCGACCGAGCGAAGGCAAGACGAGAGUCGGAGGCGGGUCUGUACGGCACGGGAGGUUCUCAAGCGACAUACGAGGACAUGGAUGCGUGUGUUUGCCAGACGCAGAGCAUGGCUCCGGGAGUUGAGUACGUGCAACCUCACACCUUGGUGGAAACGGCGAAAAGCUGCUCCGAUGUUCCCACUAUUGUGGCACCCGUGAAUCCAGAUAUGCUUCUGAACCUCCAUGUGUGGGCCGUCAGCAUCCCUGGCGGUAUCCACGCAGGGGUCAUGUCGUCUUUUGCUGCCGAUUGA